GUUUAGGGACGGAAGGUAUUAAAGCGCUUCGGAAGUGACCCUGAAUGCGAGCGUGUAAUCAAGCCACCGUGCAAAUCGGACAAGCCACGGGGCGAGCACAUCCACGCCAGCAAACCCUGGCCCAGAGCGGGGUCGGCCGCUCUGGGGCCUCCCCAAGCGAGCCUGUGCGGAGGUGAAUGGAGGGGUUGCGAAGAAGGGGGUGCGAGUGCAAACCUCCCCAAAACCCCAGGCCGCCAGGCUCCCACCUGGGCCACCCCGUCCCAGUCCUCCCGGGGGUGUGGGGAGGUGGGGGGCGGGAGUUGAAGUCUCACCGCCCAAGGCGCGCUGGAGGCCCCGCGCCCCUUGAGGCUGAGCACUGGCUGGCUGCACUGGGGGCUGCACCCCGGGCCCUGCUGCGCGCCGGGAGCCCCCCUCCCUCGCCCCCAGCUAACAUGAGUUACACCGGCGAUUACGCGCUUUCGGUGAGAACGCGGAGUGACGAGCUGUUGCUUCCCUUGAGGUGGCUACAAAGAAAGGAAGCCGGGGAGGGAGGGGAGGGAAAAGGAAAAAAAAAAAAAAGGGAAAGAGGGAGAGUUUAAAAAAAAAAAAAAAAGGCCGGGACUCGCUAGCUCGCAGCUUGUCAAUUUCAACAUCGGGUCACAUGACCAGCACCUCCCUGCUAAGGAUGGGGAUAGAUUUCCACGUCAGCUUACGUCUCCAAAUUUCUACUUCACGGAUCCGCUUCAAAGAGGCAGCUGCAGUGGAGAAUCAUGUUAAGCUCGGCUACUGCGGAGAGCCCGAGGUAGCCCAAUGAUGGAUUUUGAUGAGCGUGGUCCCUGCUCCUCUAACAUGUAUUUGCCAAGUUGUACGUACUACGUCUCGGGUCCAGACUUCUCCAGCCUCCCUUCUUUCUUGCCCCAGACCCCGUCUUCGCGCCCAAUGACAUACUCCUACUCCUCCAACCUGCCCCAGGUCCAACCCGUGCGCGAGGUGACCUUCCGCGAGUACGCCAUUGAGCCGGCCGCUAAGUGGCACCCCCGUGGCAAUCUGGCCCACUGCUACUCGGCCGAGGAACUGGCGCACAGGGACUGCCUGCAGGCUCCCGGCGCGCCCGCCGACGUGCUGGCCAAAGGCUCGGCCGGCGUCUACCACCACCCCACCCCCGCCGUCUCCUCCAAUUUCUAUAGCACCGUGGGCAGGAACGGAGUCCUGCCGCAGGCGUUCGACCAGUUUUUCGACACCGCCUACGGUACCCCGGAAAACCUCGCUUCCUCCGACUACCCCGCGGACAAGAGCGCCGCCGAGAAGGGGCCACCGGCGGCCACGGCGACCUCGGCGGCGGCGGCGGCGGCGGCCACGGGCGCGCCCGCAACUUCAAGUUCGGAGAGCGGCGGCGGCGGCGGCUGCCGGGAGGCGGCGGAGAAGGAGCGGCGGCGGCGCCCCGAGAGCAGCAGCAGCCCGGAGUCUUCUUCCGGCCACACUGAGGACAAGGCCGGCGGCUCCAGUGGUCAACGCACCCGCAAGAAGCGCUGCCCCUACACCAAGUACCAAAUUCGGGAGCUGGAACGUGAGUUCUUCUUUAGCGUCUAUAUCAACAAAGAGAAGCGCCUGCAGCUGUCCCGCAUGCUCAACCUCACCGAUCGGCAGGUCAAAAUCUGGUUUCAGAACAGAAGGAUGAAGGAAAAAAAAAUCAACAGGGACCGCUUACAGUACUACUCGGCCAACCCGCUGCUCUAAGGCUGCCGCUGGCUGCGUCGAGCUGGGUGGGGGGAUUCAGACACAGGAAGUGCAAGAUGCGCAGAUUUUGCCCUUGACAAGGUCAAGCCACGUGGUGACUUUGGAGGAGAAAAGAAAACGGUAUAUCAGAAGGGGAGACCAGCCCAACCAGAGGAGCCUUGAACUGUCCUGGUGAGGCUCUUGGUGGUUUAAGAUUUCUGAGUUGGAUUCUGAGUUGAGUUGUGCAUCAGCUAGAAUGAAUGGUUUGGGACCCCUGGUAGCUAUCUGAGCCUAUAGAGCUGGGAGCAGGUGGGUGUGGUCUCCCUAGGGGACUGGGCCCCCUGCCAGGGUCCCCUAGGGAGGGACCUCAUCCCUUGAGAUCCUCUCCGUGAAAGCCUACCCAUCGCCUCCUUCUCUGGACCCCUGAGUCAAUAAGCUGUGUAUUCUGCUGGCCCAGUUGAGCUUGGGGAAAGAGCAGCAGGAAGGCAGGGGUGGGUGUCCUAGACACUUGGAUUGGCGCUGCUUUCCAAACCCCAUGUGAAAGGCAGCUGGACCCAGAGGUGGACGAAGACCACGGGUGCCCAGGAGUCUCUCAUUCCAGGUGGUCUCACCAGGGCCUCUCCACCCUCCCAGCUGCCCUUGGGCGGCUGUGUCCUGGGUCUGACCUACUGCCGCCUCCUACAGCCCACUUGGCUUUGUCUUUCUACCAAACGGGGUCUCUCCAUCCCAGCCUCUCUCCAGGCCCAGAACCUAGUGGUGGCGGGAACUGGCGGUUGCCAGUGGUGGAAGGUGAGGAAGAGCCAGGAGGCUGUGUGCUGGCCCCGCCAUUUCUGCAGGAAAUGCCUGUGGACCGCGCCAGUGUGUGGCCAGAGCUUCACCACACUUCAGGAAACCCGGAUCGUCUUGGUGUCGGGCAGAAGAGCCGAGGGGCCUGGCCAGCAGGUCCUAGGCCAAGGCUGGGAGGGGCGCGAGUCCCUCCCAGGCACCCAGUUCCAGCGGCGCCAUCCUCUGCCCUUGUGGGCUCCUGAACUGAGCUUGGAGGUUUCCCAGCAAUCUUCCAAGAGCCUGAGAAUGAUUUGGAAUUAUUUUAAAAAGAUAAAUAGUAUAUUAUAUUAUAUAUAUUUCCCGGAAGGAACCAAAGCGAAUUUUAAAAGAUGCAAUGUAGAGGGGUGGGGGGAAGAGGAUGAAAAUAUUUAAAGGCUCUGUUUACAGUGUUCCAGGAUUACACGCGCUCACUGCUAAGAAUGUUUUGAAUGUACACUUCAUACAGGGAUGGUGUUCGAAAGACUUGUAAAUAAAGGAACCCUAACCUAGCUGUCUUGUUGGAAUAAGGCCUUUUGUCAAUCAAUCCCGCGUCAAUUUCCUUUCAGGGUGGGAAGCAUCCUGUAUAUCCCUGGCAACGUUCCAGGCAGUGCCUGAGAGCUUUGGCCCCACCAGGGCCUGCCUGGGGACCUAACGGGGAAGCUGGCACCCUGG